UCAGCGUCAGCUGAAAACUGAAGGGCAAAAGAAUACGCCCGGAUCUCAGACACCGUCUCGAGAAUUACAGACCUCCUCUCUUCCGGCUCUAUCUUUUCGGUUUUUCCCUCGACAACCCUCCUCCUCCGCAUUCCUUUACCCCGCUCGAAACUCACCUGGACAUGCAAUUACAUGUCUAACUCCAAGAGAAAGUUCAAGGAUCGAGCUCACUCACUUGUCCGAACUUAAGAACGGCACCAGUUUAUAGCAUGGCAACGCAACAAAUACCGGUUCCUCACUCCGGUGAGAACAUGCCAAAGCGACCCAAGGGCAUACUCAAAAAUUCCUCUUCUUCGCUCCAGACCACAUCCUUCUCGCCUCCUGGCCAAGCACAAACCUCUCCCACCUCUCCUCAAUCCCUUUUUAAGGCACAUUCACCCCUCGACAACAAGGAACUUACCCUCCAAAACACCAUCUACAAUGCUGGCAAGCAAUACAACCCCGCAUCUCGACGUCAGUCCACUGCUUCGAAAUCUAACGGUGCCGAUGAAAACUCCCCCAGAUUAAAGUGGGACGAAGUAAAUCUAUAUCUCACCGAGCAGGAGCGAUCGUCCACGAUGAAAAUCGAUGAGCCGAAGACCCCGUACGUCCCGCAUUAUGACCCUGAUCUAGAGGAGGAUGACGAGGACGAUCCGGACGUUGGAGGUAUCGAUGCAGAUGAUGUUGCUGUGGAUGAGUUGGACAUGUACAACGCUUCGAAGAAGGUUGGGCGGCAUCGAAGAGUCCGAGAGGAUGAUAUCCCUGAUUUAGAUUUGGGAGAACCAGAGGAGCCAUAUUGGCAGGAUACGAAUGAUGAUUCGAGAAUUACGAAGGUGCGGACUAUGAGCGAUGCUAGCAUGAGUGGAAAACCGGAGAAGCAUGUAGUGGUGGGCGAAGACGUCGGAGAUGCGCUUCAUCGGACACAGAGCCAGGAAGAGAGGGAGAAGCAUACCGCAUUCGAAGAGCGACGAAAGAAGCAUUACGAAAUGUCUGGUGUCAAGAAUCUCCUGGCGCAUCCAGAAAAUGCCGAUGACCUGGAGGACGAUGAUAACGACGAGGAUACCUCCAAACAGCCCCCUCCAAUCCCUGGUCUCCCAGAACGUUUUGCCAAAUCAUAACUAUGCCCACAUAAUUUUUUCCUUUUUUUGCCUUCAAGAUCCUUAUACGUGUACUAUCCACUUAUCCAUUAUUCACUAUUCCCCAGCUAGA